GUCAGGCGUGUGAGUUCAUUUAGGUUUCCAUGUGGUGCCGGUUUGAGUCAAGCGACAGUUUAAAUCCACGGAAUUACCGAAAAGUAGACAUAAAAGCGUAUCACAGCAGUCAUGGGUAAAAAAGGAAAGAAAGAGAAGAAGGUGAAAGGAGCGGAAAAGACUGCUGCCAAAAUGGAGAAGAAGGUUUCCAAGCGGUCGAAACGUGAAGAGGAGGAUCUGGAAGCAUUGAUAGCAGAGUUUCAGAGUCUAGAUGCCAAGAAGACCCAGGUGGUGGAGACCACUUGUCCCCCCCCAUCAGCAAGAUUGAACGCCUCUCUCUCUGCCCACCCUGAGAAAGAUGAACUCAUCCUGUUUGGAGGAGAGUUUUUCAACGGGAAGAAGACAUAUCUAUACAACGAGCUGUUUUUCUACAACAUUAAGAAGAACAGCUGGACCAAGUCAGAGAUCCCUAACCCUCCUCCACCACGCUGUGCACACCAGGCAGUUGUGGUUCCUCACGGUGGGGGCCAGCUGUGGGUGUUUGGAGGAGAGUUUGCCUCUCCAGACGGGGAACAGUUCUACCACUACAAGGACCUGUGGGUGCUGCAUCUGGCUACACGUACCUGGGAGAACAUCAAGGCUGCAGGUGGACCCUCCGGAAGGAGCGGCCACCGCAUGGUGCUGAGUAAAAGACAGCUGCUGCUGUUUGGAGGCUUCCAUGAGAGUGCCAGGGACUUCAUCUACUACAACGAUAUAUACUCUUUCUCUCUGGACUCCUUCUGUUGGUCUCGCCUCUCUCCGUCGGGCUCCGGCCCUUCACCUCGCUCCGCCUGCCAGAUGACCUCUACACCUGACGGCUCCAGCGUCAUCAUCUAUGGGGGAUACUCUAAAGCGAAAGCCAAGAAAGACGUGGAGAAAGGGACCAUUCAUGCUGACAUGUUCCUUCUGAAGAGAGAGGGGAAGGAGGACCAAGAGAAGUGGUCUUGGUCCAGGGUUAAUCCUUCAGGAAGCAAGCCCCCUCCUCGGUCCGGGUUCUCCCUCGCAGUGGGCCCAGGAGGCAGGGCUGUGCUGUUUGGUGGUGUCUGUGAUGAGGAAGAGGAAGAGACUCUGGAGGGAGAUUUCUUCAAUGACCUGUACCUGUAUGACAUGACGAAGAACCGAUGGUUCCCUGCUCAGUUCAGGGGAACCAAGACUGAGAAGAAGCGACGUCGGCGAGAGAAGAGAGGUGGAACUGAGGGAGAAGAAGAGGAGGAAGAGGAGGCUACCGCUUCCCAAGGACCCAUCGAGGUCAUCAAGGAGAUAGUGACAGAAGAUGGAACAGUGAUGACCAUCAAGGAAGUGAUCGCCGGGGUGCAGGCAAAGGACGAGGAGGAGGAGGAAGAAGAGGAAGAAGACGAAGACUCUGUCUCAGCCCCCUUGGUGGAGCCCUGCCCGAGGUCCAGCGCCAUGGCCACAGUGCGUCAGGGGAAGCUGUAUCUGUACGGGGGGAUGUUUGAGGUGGGAGACCGCCAGUUCACUCUGAACGACUUCUACUGCCUUGACCUCCAUAAGAUGGACCAGUGGGAAGUUCUGGUUGAGAUGGAUCCCAAAACACAGGAGUGGCUGGAAGAGUCAGAGUCAGAGGACGAUGAGGAGGAAGAGGAUGAGGCAAAAGGAGGCGAUGAGGGCGAGGAUGACGAGUCCGAAGAGGAAAGUGAGGAUAAUGAUGAGGAAGAUGACGAUGAGCACCUGCCAGUGCAGGAUGGGGAGACGCUGGCGGACUACCAGGCCCGCACAGAGAAGUACUGGAUGGGUCUGGCCCGCGCUAAUAUGGGCCCCGAUGCCAAAGACAAGAAGGUGGCUAAGGUCGGCCUUGCCAUGGCUAAAGUUUUCUAUGAAGACCAGUAGCAGGAUCAGGAUACUACCACAGCGUUCAUGUGUGCCUCUAUGAGUGUGAUGUUGGAGAGAAACUUUGAGUGUGUGUGAGUCUGUGUGAGUGUGUGUCUGUAAAAUAUUUCUUGUUAGUGAUGGACGAUAUUGCUUUUGCUUUGAGACAACCUCUUUGAGUUUGAAAAUGUCCUUUGUGGAACUCAUUACAUCACACACACAACAGGAUAUUACAGUGUAUAAAAAGUGAUAGAAUACAGAAAACUAUGUGCUUGAAUUCAUUCAGUGAUGAAAGUGGAUUUUCUUACAAGGUUUAAAAUAGCUGGAGUCGUAAUACAAAACAAACUGUACUGUAUUCCAGUUUACUAAAGGCAAAUUACAAGGAUUAUUUUUAUUCAUGUCAUACUGUUUCACUGAACUUUGCACAUUUCUGUUUUCCCUUACUUUUCCUUCACUUAACAACACUCAACAAUUUGCUUUUUUUGUGAUGGACAAAGUAAAUCGGUUCAGAUAAUCGAAACCAUUUGAAAUUUAUUUCAGCUCAGGCAAGUUCCUGAACCAAAUGUCACAUAACAUUGGUUUUUGUAAGUAGUUAUGCUGGUAUGGUUCCUAAAAUUAUUCGUCCCCUUGCAGUAGCUUUCUUUCACAAUGCAGUCGAUUCGGUGCGGUGGGUGAAGAAGAAUGGUGACAGCUCUUAGGCAGAUAUUUAUUCUGAGGGGUUUAAGGUUCCUAUUGUAAGUGAAUAAUUUACUGAGUCGUCUUUCGUACACGCAGAUUUUAAGGUUAUGUGAGGGGAAACAAUAUCGCACUCUGCUAAAAUUCAUGUGGUUGAUUGACCUAAAGGGCCUCUUAAUGUCGAUACUUUAAAGUUGGAGUCAAAACUGAAACAUUAAUCAUUUCUAAAAUCACUUGUUACUGUAAUCCUUGUCAAUUUUGUACAGUCUUUCUACUGAAAAAAUAUAAAAAGUAGAAUUCAGUUUUUUCUAUUGUAUUUUCUAUUUCCCCUUAGUUCAGCUUCUCUCAACGAUCUUAUUUUCUGAUGCUCGUGAUGUCAUCACACAUUCAUUUGCAUACAGCCAAUCAGAUCAAAUUAUAAAGACUGCGUAACCUCACCCACCCUUACUGGCAGCCCUUGUUUGUAGUUGUCACUCAAAGGUCAGCUCAUGAAUAUUAAUGAUGGUGAGACUACGCCCUCAGUUCUUGAGAUAAUCGAGAACAGUUAUGAAUAAAGAUAUAAAAAAACACAACUGCAUUGUUAUUUAUACAAAAACAAAUGUUGCGGAACAUGUUAUUACGCCAUCUUCAGAGUUUUCAAGCAUGAAAAGUUAAAUCGGACUCUUGAUUUUGGUCCCGCUUCAAGUAUUUUUGAAUAAAGCAAAGUGAUC